AGUAUUGGCGGCCGACGGCGCGAGAGUUUGCUCCGAAGGAUCAGUAUCCGAGCUCAGGGCGAACUGUCACAACUGGUAGAGGAAUGCCGUUCUGCAGUAAAGUCUAGUGCACAAAAUCUGCAGAUUUCUUUUCGUUUCUCAUAUCUACUGUUGCAGUGUCUAAAGUUUUCAGGCUCAAGAUCUUCGUGAAGUAUGGGCCUGUUGAGAUUCGAGAUCAUCCUGGAUAAUCCGUACGGAAUUUAUUACGCCGGUUGUCCAAUUUCCGGUAAUGUUUACAUAGACGUAGACUCGCCGAAAAAGGUUCGAGGGAUCGAAGUUAGGUACAAGGGAGAGGCCAAGGUGCGUUGGAAGCCCGAAGGAGGGAAUCAAAUACGCAAAGCAAAUGAAACCUACAUGGCUAUAAAGUGUAUUAUUUGCGGAGACGGAGAAAAAGAAUUUGAAAUUCCCGAAGGAAGUCACGUGUUCCCAUUCACCUGGAUGCUACCGACGAAUAUUCCCGGCAGCUUCGAAAGCUUGUACGGACGUGUUCGCUACACUGUCAAAGCAGUCAUUGAUCGCCCCUGGAAAUUUGACCACGUCGUUAAAGUUCCAUUCACCAUCGUGCCGAUCCUUGAUCUUAACCGUGAACCACUUUCGUCGGAGCCGAUAAACGAGGAAAAUCACAAAACGUUUUGGGGUCACUCGGAGCCUCUCUAUAUGAACGUUUCGCUUCCCGUUCGUGGCUACGUACCGGGACAAAAUAUACCAAUUAAAGCAAAGCUGAAUAAUAUGUCAGGCGUUGACGUUGAAAAGUUGAGAGUAGUGCUGAAAAAAUUAGUUACGUUUCAUGCGCCGGGAGAUUCCCGGACCAGAAAAGAAGUGAUAACGGAUUUCGAAGUGAACGUCGACGAGGGUCAAGAUUUGGUUCUAAUCAACCUAAAGUUACCCUCGCUUCCACCUUCCGGCCUGCAACAUUGUAAAAUCAUCGAAAUCGACUACAAGUUAAAGGUUGAGGCUAGGGUCGAAGGGUGGUACAAUAAAAAUCUCAAGGUCAGAAUGGAUAUUCUAAUUGGUACUAUACCGCUUCUCACUUACCAAGUGCCACAGCACACUAUGUCGACAUCUGCUUUGGGUUUCGAUGGUAUAAAUUUGCCCUCACCAUCCGCUCCAAAUCAGCCGGAGUCCCAACAAGAGACCUUUGUGUUUCCAACGGAAAUAGAGGAAUAUUCCUCGAGCUUGCCUAAAUGCUGUUGUACCUUCGAAAAAUGCGAAAAUUACAAAGCAUCGAAACGUGAAAAGGACGAAUCACCGGGCGAGGAUUCCGACGGAGAUAGUGACGAAGAAAUCGCUUCAUCAUUCGAUCCAAAAUACACUGUUUACGAGUUUGGACCUGUUACGCCAACAAACUAACGAUAAACUGUAUUAGUUAUACUUUUUUGUGUCACAAUUCCGUGAAACGUUUAUGUAUCUUCCACUACAAAUAAUCGCUAACCAUGAUGACGUUAUUGUAUCCCAUGUGAUGCCCAUGCCAAAGAUCACAGUCUCAUUGUGAAAAUUGACAAUUUGUUCGUUGAUAAGAAAAGAAAUCGUUUCACUCUCAUAUAUCGUAUCGUUGUGUGAGCUAAGCAUACUGAAUACGAUAAAUGAUUGACAGCGAAUUAUUCUCAUCGAACAUAUUAUUAUUGUCGUUAUUAUUAUAUAUUUUAUCGCCAUGCAGCUUAUGCCGUAUAAUGGCAUGCAUCGGUUCCAAAAUCACAAAUAUUCCAAGUAUAGUAUGAAUAUGUGUGGAAUACGGAUAAAAAACAUAAAAAGGAUAUUUUUUUGGUAAUCCAGUAACACAGAUGCCUAUCAAGGAACAGUGCUUAUUAUAAUUCCUGUCUCGUUAAAUUCAGCUUACCGAAGCCAGCAGUGUUCAUGUGCCAGACUUCAAUCGUUAUUGUACUCUGUACAGCCCGAGCUUUAAACUUGUAACAAGUAACCAGAAGUAAAUCCGAAUUGUUCGCUAGAAUAGCGACAACGAAGUACUCGUAUAAUUUUUAAUAAAUAAGUUACACAAAA